UUUUCUUCAAUGAAAUAUAAGAUUUUACAGGAAUUUUUCCCACUCUUCUUGCUUCUUGACAGAAUUCAACUGGAAAUCAUCUCAAUGAAAGAUCAAGAUUAUGAAGGGAUAAAAGGAUAAAAACAAAGAAGAUCAAGAUUCAGCUCCAGUGCCUCUAGAACUUCUGGGAAUAAUGAAGAAGAUGGCACUUUCAUUGUAUCCCCAGGUCGUGGAUUGGUUUGUAGACUGAACGCCUCCAAAAAGUUUUGGAUUAUGUGAAUGAAGUGCAUACUUUGACUAGUGUCCUAAGCUUGGAUUUUGGCAAAACAGUGAGUGAUGUCCAUCCAAGCUUGCAUGGAUCAAGCAUGGAACUUGCGACAAAUAUCAGUAGCAGCACAUUAGAGGGGCUUGAUCAGGCUAUCCUGGGGUUGAAAACAGAGAGAAGAUUUCAUCUACAAAAGCUUAAAGAUGUAGCUGGAUCCCUAUUUGAAAUAUGGAACUUGAUGGAUACACCAAAGGAAGACAAGGUCUGCUUCUUGAGAAUUACUUCUGUUCUUGGUUCCUCGGAAUCAGAAAUUGUGCAACCAGACGCUCUUUCAUUAGAGGUCAGCAGGGGUCGAGAGGCUCACAAAAUUGAAAGCAAGCAGGUUGAAGGAACUUGUUAUGACGAAGAGGUGAGAGUUAGAGAAUAUAUGCCGUAGAACUCAUAUUCAACCUGAUCCAAGCACCGCUACUGAUAAAACCAAUGCUUUGAUAGACUCUGGUUUGGUGGAUCCAUGUGAGAUUUUGGCUAAUGUUGAAGCGCAAAUAUGUAAAGCCAAACAUGAAGCUUUGAGCCGUAAAGACAUAAUGGAUAAGAUAGACAGGUGGCUUUCUGCCUGUGAUGGGGAAAAGUGGCUUGAAGAUUAUAAUCAAAGAUGAUAACCGUUACAGUGCUGGAAGGGGCGCACACAUAAAUCUAAAGCGUGCAGAGCGAGCCAGAAUUAUGGUUAAUAAGAUUCCAGUUAUGGUCGACGAUCUAAUUAGCAAGACGCUAGCAUGGGAGGAUGAGAAACAGAAACUAUUUCUUUAUGAUGGGGCGCGGUUGAUAUCAAUACUGGAGGAUUACAAACAUGCUAGAAAUCAUAAGGAAGAGGAGAAGAAGCGAGCUCGGGCUGACACUAGAUCGAAAGGUUGCGAUUGGAAGUCGACAUACUUGAGGGAAAUGGCUUGUCGUAUAACACCUAACGCUAUUGAAGACGAUCUCAAGUUCUGAACACAAGAGCUUUUCCUGAUUG